CGAGAUACGGUGGGCGGGUGGGUGUGGGGUAGCUGUAUAUGCUUACACCAGGAGGCGCAGCUGAAAUGUCUCAGUCACGACUGGGAACAGUUGUCCUUGGUGGUGGCAGCGGGUUCAUCGGCACCUCACUUAGUGCUCAGCUAAGAAAACGCGGAUAUGAUGUUAUGGUUGUGUCCAGAAAGCCAGGUCCAUACAGGAUGACUUGGAGCGAGCUGAGUGAGGGAGGCCUGCCAGGCAACACAACAGCUGUGGUCAGCUUGAGUGGCCAGAACGUGCUGGACCCACUCCGCCGCUGGACGCCCGGCUUCAAGCAGAAUGUGUGGGCGUCACGUGUUAACUCAACACGCUCCCUGGCUGAUGCGAUUCGUGCAGCUCCAGUCAAGCCACAAGUCUUUGUGUCCAUCUCUGGUGUGGGCUACUACGAGCCGAGCGAGACGGCCGAGUACACGGAGGAGAGUCCCGGCGGCGACGCCGACUUCAUGGCUCGCCUCUGUACCGAGUGGGAGGAGGCCGCGCGCCUGGACGACCCGGCUGUCCGCACUGCCAUCGUGCGGUCAGGCGUGGUGCUGGGCAGACACGGCGGCAUGAUCCAGCAGCUGUUCAUCCCGUUCUACAUGGGUGUCGGCGGCCCGAUCGGCUCCGGCCGGCAGUACUUCCCCUGGAUCCACAUCGACGACAUCGUCGGCCUCUUCAUCUUCGCCAUCGAGAACCCCAAGGUGUCCGGAGUGCUGAACGGCGUGGCGCCUCAGGUGGUCUCUAACCGGGAGUUCGCGGCGGCGUUCGGACGCGCGCUGUGGCGGCCGGCGCUGGUGCCGCUGCCGGCCGCCGCCGUGCGGCUGGCGUUCGGCGAGACGCGCGCCCGCAUGAUGGUCGAGGGUCAGCGCGUGCUGCCGCGCCGGCCGCUGCAGCUCGGCUUCGAGUACCAGUACCCGGACAUUGACUCAGCCUGCCGCGAGUUCGCGCACCUCCGGUACAGCCCGGUGAAGCCGUACUGAGGCUGGCGGCUAGGGGUGGGGUGAGGGAUGUGUUGUGCGACUGUGAAAGGGUUCAAGACAGCGUUGAGCGCGCAGGCGAGGGCCAGGAAAGCGCCCCGCGUAGUCACCAGGCGUUAUAGGCCGAUGUAGUGUUAUUGCUGACUUUGGAUGGCCCUUUAUGGGAGCCGUGCUGGAGGAUCGAUCAUGACUUGUCUGCGGUCACAGAUGCAGCCGAGCACUGGGCUGCUGUAUCCGCGAGUAUCCGCCGGCUGCGGCUCCCUGCGCGCAGUCACUUAUGUUGUUUACACCCUGGAAUGUUGUUAUCCCGUGUCGGGAAGUUUUGUUUUUGAAAGCUGUGAUGCCAGUGAAGGGUCGGUUUUUAACUCACUGACGUGAUACGGAAAAUAUUGUUGCGACCGGCUUGCUGAGCGGAGCGCUACGACGCAGUCAGUGCAACUACUGUUCAAAAGCUGAGUAGUUUUGCGUGACGUGUCUCGAGAAGCCCUUCAUUGCCCAUGCAAUACUAUGUACAUUUGGACACUGUCGGUUUAUCAGACAUCUAGAGCGAUCCACCAGCAGGAUGUCGUCACACUGCCGUGACUCGCAAUACUAUUCCACGUGUCGGCCGACCUUCGUCUUGUGUUGUUGUCUUACGCCCAUCCAUGGUCCAUCAGUCCAGCCAGUGUCUCAUCUGCAGUGCUCAGGGAGAUUCGCGAGUCUGAACAACUGCAAAUAAUAACUGAAACCGCCGAUCUA